AUGAGUAAAUUAUAAGAAUCUAAUACAUUUGAAAACAACAAAAAAUAUAAAAUCAAAACAGAUCGUAGUACUUAGAUGGCAUCUCCAAAAAGCAAGGAAUUUGAUGUAUAAGAGAAUUUGGUUAAGAAAUUGAAUGAUAAUUAUAAGAAUUAAUAAAAAGAAUUAGAGAAACUACAUUCUAUUAUGGGAAAUAAGGAGGAUUAAAUAAGAAAAUUACAAGAUUUAGUUAAACUAUAAUAAAAAGAGAUUGAUCGAUUAACACAUAUUAAUGAAUAUUUGAUGCAAGCUAAUUAAACCAAGUUAAGUAUUUUAAGAGAUGAGAGAUAAUUAAAUUAAGGAAGUAAAUCAAAUGUAAAAAAUAAGAAUCAUAAAUCUUUAAUGCCUCUUGAGAAAAAGAGUAAUAAAUUAUCAGAUGAUAAUACAUAAUCAAUUAAAUUAUUCAGAAGAUAGACAUUUCGUAAUCCUACAUUAAUGAAGUUCCAUCAAGAAGAAGUAGAUACUUUUAAAAGUGAAAGGAAUACUACAGGAUCAUCUAAUUUUUAUGACAUACUACAAUAAGAAGAUUGUUUCAGAACAAAUGCUAUAUUAAAUAUCUAAUUAUGUACUAAAGAAUUUGAGUUAUAAUAGCUGAUGAAGAUGCAACUACUUAAUAUAAUUAAGAUGGGACAGUUUCUUUAAUGAAAGUACUCUUAGAUUCUGAAGAGAUCUUUAGUGAAAUUAUAUAAUCAAUAUCUGCUUAAAAAUUGUCAUUUCUAUUUGAUAAAUUUAAAAGAAUAAUGUCAGAUCAUUAAUAAUUAUUUAUUUUGGUAUUAAGAUUAAAGAAGAUUGUUACUGGAGCAUUAUAAAUGAAUACAUCUGUACUAUUAGAUGAUGCAUUAUAAAAUAUUAUAGAUAAAUGUAUAGAUUGUUUAGAAUGUGAUAGAGCAUCAUGUUUUAUUGUGGAUUAAGCUAAAAAAGAAUUAUGGACAAGAGUAGCCAAAGGAACUUCUACUACUAUUAGAUUAUAAAUUGGUUAGGGAUUGGCUGGUUUUGUUGCAUAGAAUCAUACAAUCUUGAAUAUUGAAGAUGCAUAUAGAGAUUAAAGAUUUAAUACAUAAUAAGAUGCAAAGAAUAAUUAUAAAACUAAGACACUUUUAGUUUCUCCUAUUCUAGAUGGUGAUAAAUGUGUUGGAGUCCUUCAAUGUGUCAAUAAAUCUAAUGGUUUCUUCACUAAGGCUGAUGAAGCCUUACUAUAGAUAAUGGCUGAAUUUAGUAAGAGUGUACUUAAAAAUGCUUUGAAUCAUGAUGCCUAGAUAUUGAUUUAAAAUAAACUUAGACAUAUCAUAAAAACAGGUAUUAUAUUAUAAGGAAAACAGGAUAAUAUGGUAGAAUUACUACUUUCAUCUGAAGAGCGUCUUAGAUCAUUAAUGAAUGUUGAUCAUGCAAAGGUUAUAUAUAUGGAUAAUUAUUUGUAUCAUAUAAAUAAGGAUGGUAAGAUGACAGAAACUUAGAAUUUAUUAGGAAUAGUAGGUAAAUGUAUUGAAGAACAAUAAAUAGUAGCUGUUAGUAAUUGUUAUACUAGUCCAAUAUUCAAUCCAAAUAUUGAUAUUGAAACAAAUAUGCCUAUUAUUUGUAUGCCUUUGAAAACAUAAAGUCAUUAAAUUAUUGGAGCAAUCUAAGUUGUUAAUGUUAAGGGUAUUGGUAAUAUUUCAUCACAUAGUGAUGCAAAAAUUAAUUCAAUUGAUUUAGAUAUGUUAGAACUCUUUUGUUAGCAUUGUGCAUAAUCUUUAUUGUAAUGUAAAUUACAUAAAUAAUAAUUAUGA